AUGUCUGGCUUCAGGCCCCGCCGAGGAACCAUCGACACCCUCCUUGACCUAGACCAUCAUGUUCAGGAGGGUUUUGGCCGGGGGCGCUUCACGCUGACCGCCUUCUUGGAUCUCGAAGGGGCCUUUGAUUCUGCCUCCCACAAUGCUAUCCUCUACAAACUCUCCUCCCUGGGCCUCUUCGGCGCUCCUCUGCUCUGGGUCCGCUCCUUCCUCUCGAGUCGCACCUUCUCCGUCUCUAUCGGGACCACCUUCUCCCACCCCUAUCCUAUCCGCAGAGGGGUUCCCCAAGGCUCACCCCUAAGCCCUCUCCUCUUCAACGUUCUUCUGUCCGACCUGCCUUCCCCUCCUAGCACUCAUACCUUCCUCUAUGCGGAUGACAUUUCCCUCCUAUGCUCCGCUCCUUCUCUUCCUGAGGCACAAACCCUCCUCCAAGGGGGGCUCGACGCCAUCUGCCAAUGGUGCACUCAGUGGGGCCUCACCCUCUGUGCACCAAAGUCGUGCCUCAUGUGCUUCACCCGUCGCCGCAUCCCCGCCAUCCCUCAAGCACACCUCACAGGCACAGUCAUCCCUUUCCGCACAACACACAGAUUCUUGGGUCUAGUGCUGGACGGCCCUCGCCUCACAUGGAAGCGCCACAUCAGUGCCCUCCGAUCCUCCUGUCUGCCCCGGCUGAACCUCAUGAGGGCCCUGGCGGGUCUGCAGGUGGUGCAGAACACCGCACUGCGGAUAGCCCUCGGCGCCUUCAGAUCGUCUCCCACCCUGGCCCUGCAGGCAGAGGCGGGCCUUCCCUCACUAGACCACAGACGCAACACUAAGACAAUACCAUGGACCAAAGCAGACUGUCCUCACCAGGGAAAGGCCCUCUUCCUGACUCUCCUCUCCACCAAAUACAGGGACACCUUUUUCAUCUUCACAGACGGCUCACACAUUCCCUCCCCUCCCUCCACUAGUGCGGCCAUAUACCUCCCAACCCUACACACCUCCACCAACUGGAAACUCCAACCCCACACCACCAUCCUUGGGGCAGAGCUUUUUGCCAUCAGGGAAGGCCUCACAGCAGCAACAACGCUUCCCCCACACCUAUCGGUCUCCCUCUUUACUGACUCCCUCACUUCCCUCCAACUCAUCUCAACUCACAGACCUCACACACAUCACACACUAUGCUUUGCCAUCCACUCCCUCCUGGCACAGCUGACCUCCGGGGGCAGACGGGUCCACCUUCAGUGGGUCCCUUCUCACAUAGGCAUCAUGGGCAACACAGUGGUGGACCAAGCUGCCAACCUGGCACACACACAUCCCCAGCCAAUUCCCAGCCCUCCGGACCACAGUGACCUCAAGAUCCACCUCCGACAGUCCUCCAACCGCCACUGGACCACCAGACUGACGAUAGACCUCAGACAGCUCACCCUCGGCCACUACAGACACUCCCCCGCCCAGCACUGGCGCCCCUUCUCCCCCAUUCGCCCCCUGGACACAGCCAUCACCCGUCUCAGGAUUGGACACACCCGCCUCAAUGCCCACCUGCACAGACUGAACAUAGACGGCCAGCACAACCAACAACUCCUGAUAACAACUACCACUGACGGGGCUCUAGAGGCUGUGGGUCCACAGCCUAAAUAG